UCUGCGAGUCGUAAAUAUGGCUGCGCCCAGAGAAACUUGCAUUAGAAAUUUUAUCGAAAAUUCUGACGAUUCUGUUCCUAAAGAUUUGUCAAGAGAAUUGGCUGGAGGAAAUGUGACAUUAACAGAUAUUAUAGAAGAUUUAGGAGAUUAUUUGACGAAUAAAGAACAUGCAAUUAGAGCACGUGCUACACGACUGAUUGCAGACAUACUGCACGAACUUCCUGUCAACUUUGUCAAUCAUAACCAAGUCAGCCUGCUGUCAACAUUUCUGUGUGAGAAAUUACGAGAUCACCACUCUCUGCAGCCACAAGCCCUUUAUGGUCUGGAGGCCUUGAGCAUGUCAGGAGAGAUUUCUGGUGAAAUAAUAGAAACUAUCUGUCGCACAAUAUUUAAGGAGGUUCAUACCCAGUCACUGGCCCAGGCAGGAAGAAAAUCUGUCUACAAUAUAAUCUUACAAUUUCUUACACAACAUCUGCAAGAUGUACAGAAGCUGGGAACAGAUUUUGUGUAUGGUUACAUGCAGGCCAUGGACUCGGAACAAGACCCCAGAAAUCUCAUCCUGGCAUUUACCUGUGCUCAAAUUGUGAUACAGAAUCUCCCACUGGGGGUGUUUGUUGAGGAAAUGUUUGAAGUGGUGUCAUGCUAUUUUCCUAUAGACUUUACACCUCCGGCCAAUGAUCCCAGUGGUAUAACAAAGGAGGAUUUGAUUCUUGGAUUACGUAGAUGUUUAGCUGCAUCACCAAAAUUUGCAGAGUAUUGUCUCCCUUUGUUGAUGGAGAAACUGACCUCAGAUCUGAAGAGUGCAAAAAUAGAUGCCCUGCAAACAUUGGCUAUGUGUGCAGAGACGUAUGGUGCAGACAAGUUGUACGAAUUCCAAAGUUCAUUCUUCAACUGUAUAAAGAAAGAGGUAUUUCUAUCUGGAGAUGCUACAGUAGAAGAUGCAGCGCUUAGUGCCCUACAAGCUCUUGUGAAGGCAGUAUCAGCUGGAAUUACACAGAGUGACCGGAAGAAAAGUCUGGAUGGAUUUAUGGAUGAAAUUCUUGCAGAAUGUAAGAAUCACCUUCUGCAGCCAGAACUGAUGUUGAUGUUAUCUACAGGACGUCUGCUGCAGGCCGCAGCCUCUGGAUCAGAUACAGCUUGUGCUCAUAUAGUUAGAACAUCUAUACCAUUGUUGAUAGAAUCUUAUAAUAAACAGAGUCAGGCUACACCAAGACACAAUGUGAUACUGGUACUCAAUGGUUUUCUAGGUUGUACAGCCAACUUCAGUUUUGGUGACAGAAAUCCUAUCCUUGCCCUGUACAAAGAUUCUGUUUUACUAAUCUACAACCAGGCCCUAGAUAUGGAGGUGUGCUCCAUACAGUUGUUAGCUAUCAGAGGGGUUCACACACUAGUCUCCUUGCCAAGGGGUUGUCUGCUAGACCCAGAGAGAUCCUUCAUAGCAACCAAGCUGAUCAACAAAGCCAUAGAAACAAAUCUUGAAGAACAAGUUAGGCAUGAAUGUAAUUCUACAUUAAUGUUUUUGCUGGCAACAUAUUCUGAUGUGGUGCAGAAAGACGUGUUUCCGAUACUGUUUGCCAAAUUACAAAAGGAGGUUAUGGAAACAAGUGAUGGUAGAUCUGUAGAUAGAACAGUGAUCUUGGAUGUUAUUUCUGAGAUUACCUGUGGUGCAGAGAAUAUCAAGCUGGUGACAGAUGUCCUGUAUGAAAUGUUAAUGAAUGCAGAUUACUUGGACCUGUACCAGUCAUUGUCAAAAUGUCUGUCAACUAUAUCAGAGAAUAGUAUCAAAGAUCCAGAUGCUGUAAGAAGCUUAUCACAUGGUGUGGAACACGUGCAUACACUGGUGGUCACUAGAUGUCGCUGUCCACGGUGGUACAAGGCAUUAUCUAAUGAAUCUUUGUUGAAGAACCUUUCAGCAUUUCUACGUAACAUUAUAGCACAUUUAGAUCCUGUUCAAGCACUUACCUUACAAGGACUUUACACUAACACGUUCCUGACUGGAGGUAAAUCAAGUGUAUGCCAGUGUUGUUCUGUGCAGGAUAGGGAAAUGUUCAAAUCUCACAUGGAGGAAUUUUCACCUCUAAAAGCCAGCUGUGAUAGUGUGUUUGUAUGUCUUCUUACUGCAGUUAUAUGUGCUGGACAUACAAAGUUUCAGAAAGAUAUACCGGGUAUAGAGGAGAUAGAAGACAGGCUAGGAGAUCUUGUCUGUGAGCCACUAGACUCCGAGGCAGGUGUACAUGUUUGUAAAUGUCUGGCUGGUCUACUUAACAAACAAGAACAAAAUGAAUCUCUAGACAUGAGAGUUACAUCCCUUUAUGAUAAACUGUCAACCUUGGUGACCGUGAGUGGAGACAAAGGUCAAGGUCCUACUGUAACAGCGUUGUCUUGGAUUACCAAAGCUCUGGUGUUGAGAGGUCACAAACUAGCACAAAAGUUUACUGACUUGCUGAUACAGUUACUAGGUAACUGUACACAUGGUAGUGAAGCUGCGCAGGGGCUUGCUGUGAUAAUGAGAGACUUUGAGGAUGUGAUGUCAAAGUCCAUGCAUGCCAACAUACGGUUGAUGUAUAGGCAAAGAUUCUUCAUUGAGAACCUGUCUGGUUUAUUGGACGGAUACCAGUCAGCUCAGCAAGAGACAAAGACACAUUAUCUAUCAGCUGUGUCUUACCUGAUCAGAGAUUUGAGCAAAACAGUUUUACUUCCAGAGAUCUCAAAGAUAUAUCCGUUGUUGAUCCAGUCACUGCACUGUAAUGACCUUGACCUUCAGUUAGUUACCAUGGAAACCCUGAGUGACCUCAUUUCUAGUGCACCUGAUGUGAUAGAGAAACAGAUAGACUCUCUGAUACCACAGCUGCUGAAAAUGUCUACAUUUAAACCCUCAAUGAAAGUACGAAUCUCAGCUUUGAAAUGUUUAUCAUCUUUGAGUAGUUUACCACUGACAAUACUGUUGCCAUAUCGUAAGAAGGUUGUCCGAGCACUUGUACCAGCUCUCGAUGAUAAGAAAAGACGAGUGAGAUCCGAAGCUGUCACUGCAAGACAAAAUUGGAUUUUAUUAGAUAUGGACAAGAAAGAGUGAAUGCUCACCGAAGAUUUGUCUGGAGAUAUAUGCACUUGAGGAAGCUGCCAAUAUAGUGAACUUUCAAGUAUUUUAUACUUUGUAAUGUACAGCAUGUUGUGAUACAGUUUUCCAUCCUAGAAGAAGCUAGAUUUUGAUAUUGGUGCUGACGAGAGUUGUAAACUAAUAUAAUUAUGCUUUUAUCAAUAAUCUGUGAUGUUGAAAUCAUGAUUUAUAGUAUACACAUUAGCACCAUGGUGAGGAGUUAGGAGUGGAAAAAAUUGGCGGGGCUGGUGUUCUAAGAACAUCAGUUGUAGGUACAUUCAAGGAAGUACAUGUAUUGAUAAAAAUGAAAAAUCAUAUUGGUUUUCAAAUGAUCGAAAAAGCGCAACAGUUUAAAUGAGAAAUUAGAUAUAUACUAGAAAAACUGAUAACAUCUCUAAACCAGCUUGAAGAAUUUUGUCAGGAAUACAUCAGAUUAGGAUUGUUUUGGUUUAAGUGAAGUAUAUCAAUGCUAAAUUGUCUGUCAUUGUCCAGUUAAUCAGUCAGGUUUCUUGUCAUAACAGAACUCUCCUAUUUUCUGAAAAACCAAUUUCUGUAUUUUCCUAUAUUUUUGAAAUGUUCCCACUAUUUCAUAGAGUAACUUAUUUUGUUUCUACUUUAUUCCUCCAUUUUAAACAUGUUUCAGGUUUGUUUCAUAUUAACCCUUAUCAUGCUUUACAUGACUGAUUCUGCCAUUGCGACCAGUGUAGAUUAUGAUCAACCUGCACAUCAGUGCAGUCUGAUCAUGAUCUGCACUGUUAGCCAUUCAGUCAGUAUCUUUUUGAUAUGCACCCCUUUAAACAGUUAAUGGUACUGUACGAACAGAAAGAUGGACAAGUUCAUUAUAGAAAUUUAGCAGGGUAAGGGUAAACAGUCACUGAUCGUAGGAAAUGACAGAUCUAGACCUACAGCAAUACUUUCCUAAUGUUGAUAAAAUUACAGGUGUUGUCUCAAAAUUUUUAAAAAGCAACCUAGCACAUAUUUGUGGACGGUAGAGUUUCUAGCUUAUAAUGGCCUGUUUCCUGCUUCUGGCCUGUUUCCUGCUUCACUAUUGUUAUAUUUUGGUAAACUUGAUUAUGUGGUCAAGCUCUUUAAAGUAAGCAUGCCGUAAAUACAGUCGCAAUAAGGUGUCAAUUGAAUAUUUAUGUAAGAAAUCAAAUUUUCAGAAAAAGCUUUUUUUUUUUACUACCAAUUAUUGGCCUAAAUUUUUGUUUGAUGGGAUUAGGCUGAAACAAUUUUUUUUUUCAGCAUUGAAUUAAUAGCAUGUUUUCGGUACGAAAGUGUUUACAGUAGGAAUUUGGUAUUAACCCUUACCCUGCUAAAUUUCUAUAAUGAACUCGUCCAUCUUCCAAUUUGGACAGUACCAUUAACUAUUAAAAGGGGUGCUUACCAAAAAGAUACUGGCUGAAUAGCAAACAGUGCAGAUCAUGAUAAGAUUGCACCGAUGUGGAGGCUGAACAUGAUCUGCACUGGUCGCAAUAGCAGAAUCAAUCAUGUCCAGCAUGAUAAGGGUUAAGAAUUGAAAUUAUAGUGUACCAUGUUAAGCAUAGCUAUAUUAAAGUUAGAGGAGGAGAUAUUUUAUUUUAUCAGACUACCGAUGUUCUCAUUAGUCUACCUGCAUGCAAAAUUCGUUAUCUUCUUAGAUAUGAGCCGCGCCAUGGGAAAACCAACAUAGUGGCUUUGCGACCAGCAUCCGCGCAGUCUGGUCAGGAUCCAUGCUGUUCGCUAACGGUUUCUCUAAUUGCAACAGGCUUUGAAAGCGAACAGCAUGGAUCCUGACCAGACUGCGCGGAUGCGCAGGCUGGUCUGGAUCCAUGCUGGUUGCAAAGCCACUAUGUUGGUUUUCUCAUGGCGCGGCUCAUAUAUGUAUUACCUGAUGUGUUUUACAGCUUGAGAUGUUAUGACAUGAGUAAUGUUUGUACUGUCCUGAUCACUUCCUGCUGGGAUAUAUGAUACAUACAACAUCAUCAAAGUCUGUACUUCUACUUGAUAAUGUAUUUUACAUGCAAGAAUGUCUGUGAAACUCCUACUGUAUAUUCCAUCUUUUCUGUAACACACAUUUUUCAAUAUUUCUCAUUAAGUUUAAGGUUCAUCAAAAGUGUUUGGAAACCACCCCUUAGUUGAAUUUUAAUUUUGGAUUUUAAUUACUAUAUACAAAGAUAAGCUACUUUAUAAAACACUUUACAUUAACCUUAAGGCAGUAUCAUUUGUAUUAUGCAACAUUCUAAAGAACUCUAUAGGAAAUGCUUUUGUAUUUUCUGAAUGAUAUAUCUAGAUUAGAUUUGGAUUAACCCUUACCCUGCUAAAUUUCUGUAAUGAACUUUUCCAUCUUUCAGUUUGGACAGUACCAUUAACUGUUAAAAGGGGUGCUUACCAAAAAGAUACUGACUGAAUUGCAAACAGUGCAGAUCAUGUGCAGGCUGAUUCAUGCAGUCUGUUCUUGGUCUUCACAGGUCGCAAAGGCAGAAUCACUUGCCACCAGCAGGCUAAGAGUUAAAAUAUGAAAAAUAAAAAAAAAAUAUCUGUUUUGCAUCAAUUUGCAUAUUAUAUAAAGCCAACACAUUUAUCAGAAUGUCAGAAGAUGAUGCCUUGAUAUGAAGAUGUGUUUCUCUGUCAAAUAUUAUUCAAAUUUUGUAUUGCUACUCAACACAACAAACUAAACAUACAUUCUUUUCCAUUUAUUUUAUUUUUCAUAGUUUGAUAGGAAAUUGUUAUUUUUCUUUAGUUUUCUUAAAUGGGUCAUAUCCCUAGGAUAUUGGCACCACAACUAUCUUCAGCUGCUGAUAUUUGACACAUUUUGUUUUAGGAUUCAGGAAAAUUUUAGGAAAAUCGAAAGUCAGUCUGUUAUAAAGAAACUAUCAGAGAGAUGCCUUCAAUGCAUUUCAAAAAUUAUGACAAGUGCUUACAAAAAUAAGAUAUAUAGUUUGUAAAAAGUGGUUGUAGGAGUUAAAAAGGAAGACACAUGGGUAUAUGCAAAAUAUUGGCAAAUAUUAAAGUUUGUAGAACAAAUACAAAAGCAAAAAAGCAUGAAAGUAAAUGCUAUGCGAAGCAAUUGCAGCAUAGCGUAAUAAGACAAAUUGCAUUUUAAUCAUCUGGCAUACAUUCUGCCAUGAAAUAAAUUACUCACUGCAAUAAAUCUGCUUUGCACAACUCAUUUCUGAAAUGAGACUUAUUAUAUUUAAUGGAAAGAAAUGAAUCACUAAUUUUAUAUUCAUUAACUGAAAGUUUGGUACAAAAAGAUUUUUCUCCGUCAUUAUUUUGCAAUAGACAUCCCUGAGUUAGAGUAAUGAACCGUACAACAAACUAAGCAGAAUGGCAUUUUAGGAGAUUCAUAGUAGUAUUACAUUAUAUAUUUCUCUGUUUAACCUUUACCCUGCUAAAUUUCUAAAAUGGAUUGGUCCAUCAUUCCAUUUGGGCAGUAUCACUUCAUAUUCAGAGGGGUGUUCACUGAAAAUGCACUGACUGAAUAGCGAACAGUGCAGACCAUGAUCAAACUGCAUGGAUGUGCAGGCUGAUCUUGGUCUGCACUGGUCGCAGUGGCAAAAUCACUUGCCUCAAGCAGGCUAUAGGAUAACUAGUGACUGUUGAAACAUGAAACUUUAGAAAGAAGCCAUCAUCAUUAAUGUGAUACUUUGGUAGCCUUUUUUCCUCCUGGAGUUUGAAUGGAAACCUUGUAAACGAUCAAUACCUUCAAAUAUGUCCAGCCAAAAUUUGGUGUUUUUAUUCCUUUUCUAGAUUUUGGUCAAACUUUCAUUUUGUAUUGCAUUCAUUGAAUAUCUUGCCUGUUUUCUAUUUGUACUAAUGUUUUGUUUUCUUCUAUGAUGUUGAAGAUUUAGUCUUUACUUCUUUAUUCCUUAUGAUAAAAAUUGUGUUGCAUCUUCUGUUUAUGUAAUUUUAGGAUAUGAUGAAUAUAAACACAAGCCAGAAAAAGAUGCACCAUCAAAAUGUAUUUCUGUAUAAAAUAUUGGGCAUUACAUCAGUUUGGUCAAAGAAGUUUAGAUCAAUGUAUUUCCUGUCAUAAAACUAAUUAAUUGAUGAAUUAAUUGAUUGAUUCAUUCAUUAAUUGAUCAAUUAAUUAAUGGAGGAUGAUAAUUGCAUCAUUACUGUUUUGGUUGUCAAGAUUUUUUUUAUUUUAUUGAACUUGCUAGUCAGUUUUGUAUGUAGUGAUUUGACCGACAUGUCUGUCAUAUAUUCUUUUAUUUUACCACCUAUUAUACCAUAUUUACCUGUAUAUAGCUUUUUUUUCAUGAUAAACUUGUUCAUAGGUGCUUGACGUGCAGGUAUACUUGUACACAUACAACCGAAGUAAUUCAAGGUCAACAUUUCAUAAUGUAUCAGUGCAGAUACAGAGUGAUAGGACCAGAUAAAGCUCCUAGAAGAGAGAGAAAGAAAUAUAAAUGCUAGCAUGUUUGGCUAACUUACCCAAACUCUUUGUGAAUAGCACCGAAGUUGCUUUCCUGGGUAGGAGACACUCAAAAGCAUCUCAAAAAUUUCCAGUGUCCUUAUUUGACCUUUGGAUUGAGAGCAUGUAACCACUAGGUCACUGGACCAUCUACUUGUGUAAUGGCUAUGAGAUUUUAUCUAAGUCUGCAAGUCAUGUUUUUGAAUAUGUUUGAUAAAUAUGCUUCUAAGUUGUAAUCAUCAAGUGAUAUUAAGUGUAUUUAUUUGAAGUAAACACCUAUGCUUCAAUUUUUACUAUGCUCUCAAGUGUAGACAAUUUGUUCAUGAAAUAUUGAAUAUGUAACUGAAGCCUAUAAACUUAGAAUCAUUAUUGUUAACCUGUUUUGAUUUUGUUCAAGGUAGCACAUAUAGAAUACAAGAAAUUGAAUGAUUUUUAAAUCAGCAACUUAAAAAUGUAAUAUCAAUGUUUUGAAAGUAAAGUAUUGAAAAUAAAGGAAAUUUCAGACAUA